UGCCCAGCACAGCCGGGCACCAACCUGUGCCCCCCUGUUGCGGGGCGACGAAAGCGACGCGACGUCGCGACCCGCCCCGUAUAAAUCCACGCCGUCCGUCGCCGCCGGAGUCCCGCCGCGAGCACACGAUUUCCGGUCGGAGAGAGGAGGCCCUUUUGGUGGUGUCCUGUCCUUUUUUCAAGGAUCUCUCUCUGCGAGCCGGGCGGCGAUGGCGGCAGCGCCGGCGCCCCUGCCGGCGGCCGUCGCGGGGUGGUGGGAGCGCGUGAACGGCUCGCCGGCGUGUCAGGACGGGAUCUUCUGCGCCCUCGCCGUCCUCUACGGCAUCGUUGCCGCCGCCUCAUUCAUCCAAGUUGCCAGAAUACAGCGCAGAGUUCCUGAAUAUGGAUGGACGAUCCAAAAGGUCUUCCAGUUCCUGAAUUUCGUGGUCAAUGGGGCCAGAUGUUCUAUCUUUGCUUUCCGUCGCCUAGUGCAGCAAGUGAACCCUCCGAUCUUGCAGCAUGUUAUCCUUGACCUUCCGGGGCUUGCAUUCUUCACUACAUAUGCAGUGUUAGCACUUUUUUGGGCUGAGAUACUUUAUCAAGCGCGUGGACUAAUGACGGAUCGACUUCGAUCAGGGUUCUACACCAUUAAUGGUGUUGUAUAUGCGUUGCAGGGUUUUCUGUGGCUAUGUUUAUGGUGGAAUCCAAAUCAUUCUAUGCUAGUCAUUUCGAAGUUAUUCAUCGCAGGCCUUUCCUUUUUCACUGCAUUGGGUUUUCUGCUAUACGGAGGGAGGCUUUUCCUCAUGCUGAAAUAUUUCCCCCUAGAGUCAAAAGGGAGGCAACAAAAGCUGAGAGAGGUCGGCAGAGUUGCCAGUAUAUGUUUCUGUUGUUUCAUGGCACGGUGCAUAAUGAUGUGUUUCAAUGCGGUUAACAAAGAAGCUGACCUCGACGUUCUUGAUCAUCCCAUCCUUAAUUUCUUCUAUUACCUGCUUGUCGAAAUUCUACCUUCAUCACUUGUCCUGUACAUACUGAGGAGGAUCCCUGCAAAGCUACAGCUAUCGCAGUAUCACCUCCUCAGCAGCGGCUAGAGAGGAGGCGUUGUCAUCUUCUGAGCUGAAACCGUGGUGGCCGAUGCGGAGUCAUACCAAUGCAAGACCAAGUCCUUUGUAUAACACUUGUACAGGUAGCGAUCUGAAAUUUUCCUGUAGCCACCCGUAGCUGACCCUGUUAGUUCAGUGUAGAAUAUGCUGACCCAUGCAAUUAGUUGUUUCUUAAUGGUAUUGAGAGCACAUUGUAACACUGGAAAGAUGUGAAGAGCAGCGAGUCUUUCUAGAUGAGUUGAGCAGCAAG